AUGACAUAUAAGCGAGUAGCUAUUAUAGGUGGAGGACCCUCAGGGUUAGCAAUUGCAAAAGCACUUGCCUUUGAGCCUUACCAAUUCGAAGCAAUUGAUGUAUUUGAAAGAAGAGAUAGAGUAGGAGGAGUAUGGAAUUAUGAUGGAGAUAAGUCACAUUUAAGGCCACCUGUUCCUUCGUUGGAUCCAGGUGGACGGGACUACAAUGAUAAUAUUGAAUUGACUCCUGCUGCAUAUGCAUCACCAAUGUAUAAAUAUUUGGAGACCAAUAUCCCAUCAAAAAUCAUGGAGUACGAACAAGUAUUUUUUGAUUCCGAUGGUACGACUUUUCCGGCCAGAGAAUCGGUGUUGGACUAUGUGAAAAAAUAUGCAACUACUAUUCCUAGUGAUAAAGUUUAUAUUCAUUUGAAUUCUGCUGUGACUUCGGUAACAAAAUUAGAUAGCGUAUGGCAUAUUGAAUUUAGAUCAACUAUUGCCCCAUAUCAACAAAAUAAGGAACAAUAUGAUGCAGUUGUCAUUGCUAAUGGGCACUUUGAAGUCCCUUUCAUUCCAGAAGUUAAGGGUUUGCAGAAUUGGAACGAUAAGGCUCCUGGAUCUAUAACGCAUGCCAAGUAUUAUAUUGAUCCUGAACCAUAUCGUGAUAAGAAUGUCUUAAUUAUCGGAAAUUUUUCCAGCGGUCAGGAUAUCUCUACGCAAGUAUUGGUUACUGCUAAGAGUGUCUAUGUUUCGAUCAAAGAUACAGAUGAGGCAAGUAAAUUGGAUGCAUCUGGAUUAAUUAAAUAUAUUGGAGUUGUAGAAGAAUACAAUUAUGACCAAGAGAGAUCCGUGAAAACCGUGGACAAUGAAGUGGUUAAAGAUAUUGAUGUGGUGAUCUUUUGUACGGGAUAUUUGUAUAGUGUUCCCUUCUUGAAUACUUACAAAGAGGAUGUGUUAUCGGCCGAUGGUAACCAAAUUCAGAAUCUUUAUAAGCACAUAUUUUAUACGAAGGAUCCAUCUCUUUCGUUUGUUGGUUUACCUAAAAAUGUAAUUCCUAUGCCUCUUGCUGAGUCUCAAGGUGCUGUAAUUGCUCGGGUGUAUUCAGGCAGAUUGUCAUUGCCAAGCGAAAUUGAAAGAAGCCUUGCUUAUGAACAAGAACUAAAAGAGCGAGGUUCAGGAAAAUCAUUCCAUAGUUUGGCGUAUCCUCUAGAUAUUACGUAUUACAAGGAUUUACAACAAUUGGUCGAUCAACAUAAGACUGGAUUCAACCCUCCUUUAUGGGACGAUGAAAGAGUACAGUUACGAGCUGAUACAUCAACAUUAAAGAAAGCCCGUGUAGCUAACGUAGUAAAGUAUGCGAUUAAGCUCCGAAAUGAAAGGGCAGAUUCAUUUAAGUUAUUAGACUAA